UUCAGAUGCUGUUUACAGAGGUGCCCCUCCUUGCAGCCUGGACUAUCAUAUACUUUUCUUUAGGGAAUUCCAAGCCUGGUGCUGACUGGAGAUGCCACUGUGAGGAUCAUUUCAUUGGUCUGGGAUGAGUCGACAGAGCCUGGAGAAUGGCAAAUAAAAAUCGUUCUCCAUCCUUUCCCAAAAGAACCCUACUGGAAAUUAUUCACCUCAAAGCAGAACUUUGGAUUAAAAUUGGGACCAUGUUCAGGGUUCACAUUGAUGGAUGGAGCUUCAAGAAAAGAUAUCUUCAUUAGGCAAAGACAAUCUUCAAGGAAAUAAUGGGUUUCCUAAACUUUACUGAACAAAAUUAUACACUGGAACAAAAUGAUACAGAAUCAUUUAAAAAAGGAACUUCCAAGAUUCUAGUUUCUAUUACCCUUUCUGUUCUAGCAGUGAUGACAACAGUUAUCAACUCUCUAGUGAUGACUGCAAUAAUUGCGACACGGAAACUCCACCACCCUGCAAACUACUUAAUAUGCUCUUUGGCAGUCACUGAUUUCCUUGUGGCCAUCCUCGUCAUGCCCUUCAGCAUUGUCUACAUUGUCAAAGAAACCUGGAUCAUGGGUCAGGUGAUGUGUGAUAUUUGGCUUAGUGUCGACAUCACCUGCUGUACCUGUUCCAUCCUUCACCUUUCAGCCAUUGCUUUAGAUCGCUACAGAGCAAUCACUGAUGCUGUGGAAUAUGCCAGGAAGCGAACGCCUAAACAUGCUGGCUUUAUGAUUGCUAUUGUCUGGAUUAUUUCCAUCUUCAUUUCAAUGCCACCAUUGUUUUGGAGACAUCAAGCAGCCAGCAAAGAUGACGAGUGCAUCAUUAAGCAUGACCACAUUGCUUUCACUAUAUAUUCUACAUUUGGAGCAUUUUAUAUCCCACUGACAUUAAUUCUGAUUCUUUACUACAAAAUAUACAAAGCAGCCAAGACUUUUCAUAGAAGGAGUAUGAGUCGGGUUCUUAAAGAGGAAGCAAAUGGGCAAGACCUCUUGGAAGCAAAUGAGAAAAGCUGCCGGCUAUCUUCAACUACAUCACGUACAAAAGAUAAAAGGUCUAACACUUCGGGAGAUUUGGACAGAAUUCAGUUUUCACUGAGAAGCCCUGAUUCAGAAUCUAAGAAUGAAAAAGGGUGGAAAAGGCAACGCAUUUCUACUACAAGAGAGCGGAAAGCAGCGACUACCCUUGGUUUGAUUUUGGGUGCUUUUGUGAUUUGUUGGCUGCCUUUCUUUGUAAAAGAGGUGGUCGUUAAUACCUGUGAAAGAUGUCAAAUUUCAGAAGAAAUGUCUAAUUUUCUGACAUGGUUGGGAUAUAUCAAUUCUCUUGUUAACCCACUGAUUUACACAAUCUUUAAUGAAGAUUUUAAGAAAGCAUUCCAGAAACUUAUUCAGUGUAGGAGCUCUCUCUGAAAAAAAAAAAAGAGUGAUUUAGUCAUUGGUUGAUUUAAAUCUGAUUUUUUGGGGGGAGAAAAGACUAGAUCUACCCUUGAUGAAACUUUGUCUAUUGCACUUGAGAAUUUAUCAAAUCAAAGGGUAAAAUGAAGUUCAAAAAGUUUUAUCAGAAUUGUAUAUUACAUGUGCAUUCAUAGCCCUGAUUUUAUGCCAUAAUUUAGCAGUAUUUGAAACAAAUAUAUAAUGUACAACUUAGCCUCAAGUCUUUCCAGAAAGCUUCCCAGAAAUUUAAAUCAAGCUGGAUUGAUUAAGUUGUGGUGCCAGAAAUUGGAUGAGAAUCUACACAUAUACGACAAAUUCAGUUCAACAAUUAUUUGUGUAGUAGCUCUAAUUGUUUACAUAUUUAACUUAUUACAAUGUGCACUCUGUUUAAGAAAGGAGCCAAUUAUUAAGUAUCUGUUUUGUAUCAUCAAUAUAUCAUAAUGAAUGUUCUUUAUGUGUUAAAGUGUAUAUUGGGAAGAAAAGAAACUAUAAAAGUUUAUACAAAUAAGUAAAAGUGGUUAUAAUUAUUAGACACACAGAAAAUUGUACGAAUAUUUGUGAGAAUGGGUCAUUCAACCCUUCAGUGAGUACAAGAGCACACAACUGGAAAUGCAAGGAACACAUAAGGGGUCAUGGUAAUCAGUUCUCUAGGAUCUUAAAAUCAAGAAGAUACAGCAAGAAUGAUUGCUGUAAUAUUUAAAAAUCCUAUAGGAUAAAUUUAUUUUCUUU